CACUACUCUCUUUCAAAAUAGCGUAGCAUAAACGAAACAAUAUAAUGGAUGAAGAGUUUCCUAUAAAGUUGGAUUCCAUUGUGGUUCCAACGUCCUCAUCCAAGAUUUUCAAAGAUGAUUGUAUGUUCUCUUUCGAUACUGCACUCGAUCCAGUGGGCUUGGACAUUUGUAUGACUUGCCAUCAAGCAUUCUCCAGAGGUGAGAUUAACUACACUCAGAUGCAUAGUGAGUUUUAUGAUCAUGAUUUAUUUUUGAAUUACCGGAAGAUAAGAAAAGUUCAAAAAAAUGAGGAACAGCCAUAUAAGAUGAUUAAGCUUGAAGUUAAAGAAGCCUCAGAAUCUGAGUUGUUCGACUCAAAGUACUCCAUAUACGACCAAAAGCUAAACAAGUCUGUGGAGUAUCCUAAUAAAGAAUUACCAAUCAAGGUUUCCCAAGCGGCAAAUGCGAUCAUAACUGCCACCUCUUCUGCGAAGAAAGAAGAAAUAAUGUCUUGGGAACAAGAGAUUAAACCUUGUAAACAUUCUUUGGCAAUUGUGCAGGAGCCAAUUCCAGGAUUACAGUUGAAAAAAUGUACCAAUUGCGAUUUGACUGAAAAUUUGUGGAUUUGUUUACAUUGUGGAAACCUUGGAUGUGGAAGGAACCAGUUCGGUGGUGUGCCCGGAAAUUCGCAUGCAAUGGCGCACAAAAAUGAAUACCCAGACCAUGCUGUAGCAGUGAAGUUAGGCUCGCUAUCUUCGGACAUUGCUGAUUGUUACUGUUACUCUUGUGACGAUGAAGUGAAGGUUCCAAAUUUAGGAGCGUUGUUGAAAACCUUUGGGAUUAAUAUAACAAAUUUUGUGAGAACCGAGAAGUCAUUGACAGAGUUGCAAAUAGAACAGAACAUUCAGUGGGAUUUCAAAAUGGGUAGUGAUGGAGGUGAAGAAUUGAAACCUGUAUUUGGCAAGGGGUUAACUGGGUUCAAAAAUUUAGGUAAUUCAUGUUACUUGGCUUCAGCUCUACAGUUACUGUUCAGCAUUGACUCAUUCCAAAAAGCAUUUUUUAUCCCUAACGGUGUUCCGUUGGAUAAAAUCCUAGGUAAUUUAAAACCAUAUGAAGAUCUGGAGACACAAAUGUACAAAUUGGGUGAUGGGUUAUUAUCAGGAAGAUAUUCUGUUCCUGAUAUGACAACUUCAGAAACAACAAAGUAUCAACGUGGUUUGAAGCCAUCAGGCUUCAAAACAUUGAUUGGUGAGGGUCACCCGGAAUUUAGCACCAUGCUUCAACAAGACUCUUUUGAGUUUUGGACAUACUUGAUUGAUAAAUUGGAAAAGAAAAAAGUGUUUGGACAGUUAGAAGAUUCGCCAACUAAUGCACUGAAAUUUAUUCUUGAAAGUAAAAUCAAGUGUAAUACUUGUCAAGGAGUUAGGAUUAAGAAGGAAGUCACCGACAAUAUGAGCAUUCCAUUGAAUGUAAAUUUUGUUGAAAAAGAUGCAGAAGGAAACAAAAUUUUCAAAGAAACUUCAAUGGGUGAGAGCAUGGAUAAGUGGAAUUCACCUGAGGUUUUCGAAUACUCUUGUCCAAAAUGUGGUGGUAAACAAGUUGCUACUAGAGAGGAAAGACUUAAGACUACGCCUGAAUAUUUUGUAGUUAAUCCACAGCGUAUAAUUUUGGAGAAUUGGGUUCCUACAAAGGUCAAUGUCCCGGUCAAGUUUGAAGAGCUACUAGAUCUACGAAAAUAUCAGCGUACAGGUUUACUACCAGGCGAGGAGGAGCUUCCUGAAGAUGCAACAGAUGUUCGAGAAGAUGAUAACAAGGCCUCUGAGCCCGAGUUUGAUACUCAAGCAUUAAAUAACUUGUUUGAAAUGGGGUUCACGGAGAAUAGGGCAAAGCAUGCCUUAUAUGCAACCGGGAACAAUGGUGCAGAGGCAGCUAUGAAUUGGUUGUUUGAGCAUAUGGAAGAUCCACAGAUUGAUGAGCCUUUUAAGGCUCCAGAAAUUGGAGGUAGUGGUGCCUCGAGUGUUUCUGUUGAUGCAGAAAAACUGGCCUCAUUGACAAGCAUGGGGUUUGGAGAGCAGAUUUCCACGAAGGCUCUUGUUUUGAACAAUCGUAACGUAGAGGCUGCUGUGGAGUGGUUGUUUAGUAACCCUGAUGAUGAUGGUGUCCUUGAAGCAGCAGCUAUUGGUUCAGCUGAAAAAGACACAGAACUCUUGGUGAAGGAAUUGGAAAGUUCAUUUGACAAGUCAAGGCUCAAGUAUGAAUUGGUGGGUGUUGUUUGUCAUAAAGGUACAUCUGUACAUUCAGGACAUUACGUUGCGUUUGUCAAGAAAAUCGUUGAUGGUGAAGCUAAAUGGGUGCUUUUCAAUGAUGAAAAAGUUGUUCUAGCAAUUGCUGAUAAUAUCAAGGAGAUUGAAACCACUGGCUAUUUGUACGUUUACAAAAGGAUUUAAGUGAAGAGGAGGAAAAAUAAAAUGGUACUGAUUGAUGAAACUCACUUAUUAUAUAUUGUAUAGAUAUGUAAAUAGAUAUGCAUGCCUGAUGAAAAGCAAGGGUUGAAGUGCUUAAUAGGAAAAUUCUUCUCGUGUUUAGCAAUGGGUAAAUAUAUAUAAAUAAUUCAAAAAUCCAAAAAGA